UCUCCGGGCAGUGUCAAAGCGCAGGGGUGGGCUGGUUCUAGGCCCAGCCCUCCCUCAAUGGCUGCAGCCUGGCAGUCGGGGAGCGCUGCUCGCCCUGCUGGUGUGUGAGGGACCGUGUGCCCGGGGACCUGGCUCUGGGCGCGGGGAGAGGAUGAGGGGGCGGUGCAGAGAAGGGCCCCGGACGGUGGUGCUGGCGGCUCUGGUGCUGCUGCUGGUUUCCACCCGCUGGGAGGGUUCGAAGGCGCGUCCUGUGGCGUGGGGACACCUCGGCGCUGGCAGCAGCCAGAGGGCACGCAACGUGGUGAUGGUGAUGUGCGAUGCCUUUGAUGGAAGGUUGACAUUUUAUCCAGGAAAUCAGACCGUGAUCCUACCUUUUAUAAAUCUCAUGAAAAGAUAUGGCACUGUUUUUCUCAGUGCCUACACCAAUUCUCCAAUAUGUUGUCCUUCUCGUGCAGCUAUGUGGAGUGGCCUUUUCACUCAUUUAACAGAAUCUUGGAAUAACUUCAAAGGCUUAGAUCCAAAUUAUACAACGUGGAUGGACCUGAUGCAAAAGCAUGGCUACCGAACUCAGAAAUAUGGGAAACUAGAUUAUACUUCGGGACAUCACUCGGUGAGUUGCUAUCUUUGGAGUACCAUCUGUCAGCAAAGGAGUAACCGUGUGGAAGCUUGGACAAGGGAUGUUGAUUUCCUGCUCAGACAAGAAGGCAGACCCAUGGUGAAUCUUACUGGCAACAAGACAUUUGUGAGAGUAAUGGAAGAAGAUUGGCAGAAUACUGAUAAAGCAGCAAGUUGGAUAAGGAAAGAAGCCACUAACUUUAGUCAACCAUUUGUUCUUUACUUGGGAUUAAAUUUACCACAUCCAUACCCGUCACCCUCUACAGGGGAAAAUUUUGGGUCCUCUACAUUUCUAACAUCUCCCUAUUGGCUUGAAAAGGUGACGUAUGAAGCCAUUAAAAUUCCAAAAUGGCCUCCUCUUUCAGACAUGCACCCAGUAGAUUAUUAUUCUUCUUACACCAAGAAUUGCACUGGGAAGUUUAAAAGGAAAGAAAUCAGAGAUAUCAGAGCAUUUUAUUAUGCUAUGUGUGCAGAGACGGAUGCCAUGCUUGGUGAGAUCAUUUCAGCUCUAAGUGAUACAGGACUUCUUAAAAGAACCAUUGUUAUAUUCACAGCAGAUCAUGGAGAACUUGCUAUGGAACAUCAGCAGUUUUAUAAAAUGAGCAUGUAUGAAGCAAGUUCCCAUGUUCCCCUUCUAGUUAUGGGGCCAAACAUUAAAGCUCAUCAUCACCUAUCAAAUGUGGUAUCUCUUGUAGAUAUUUAUCCAACUAUGCUUGAUGCUGCCUCCAUGAAGCCACCUGUUUACCGUUGCAGGAUGCAGAUCUAUAGACUGAUGCAUAGCCUACAGAAGCAAUUUAACAAAGAUAUAGCUAGAAUUCCUAUCCCGCAGAAUCUCAGUGGAUAUUCCUUGAUACCAUUGUUGGCUGAAAUGGCAGAAGAUGAAGUCUCAUCCAGAAGGCUGCACCCCACAUGGAUCCUGAGUGAAUUUCAUGGAUGUAAUGCAAAUUCUUCCACCUAUAUGCUUCGAACUGACAAAUGGAAAUAUAUAGCAUAUUCAGAUGGGCAUUCAGUACCUCCUCAGCUCUUUGAUCUGUCUGCUGAUCCAGAUGAACUGACAAACAUAGCCACAACAUUUCCAGAAGUCACAUAUUCCUUGGACAAAAAGCUUCGCUCCAUAGUAAACUAUCCAAGAAUCUCUGCCUCUGUGCACAAGUACAACAAGAAGCAAUUUAUCAACUGGAAACAAAGUUUGGGACAGAAUUAUUCCAAUGUUAUAGCUAAUCUCAGAUGGCAUCAGGACUGGUUAAAAGAUCCAAGAAAGUAUGAAGAUGCAAUUCACAGAUGGCUCCAAAUGAACACUAAUGCAUAAAGUAACUGCAACAAGGGAUUACUGACUGCCCUUAUAGUAACAAUUUCAAUUAAAUGAGCACAAUGAACACACUCAGGAAAUGAAUAUAUGCAGUUGUAAUUGCAACACUAUAUAAUUCAUAACAUCACAAUUUGUUUGCUAAUUUAAGAUAGCAAUCCAUGAAAAUAAAGCUCACACAAGCUUUUA